GAGGGGGCAGCCACUGCAGGGCUUGGCCGGGGGACGGGGCCGCUGUGCGGGAGCGCUGGGACUGGGUCGGACGGCCAAGACCAAAAAGUAGCAGGGAGGAGGAAGGGAAAAAAAAAAAAAAAAAAGGCAAAAGGAGUAAAAAAAAAGAUAGGUAAAACCCGAAGUGCGGAAGCAGGGAAGGAAAGGUGGAGGCAGAGAACAGAAAGCGCAGGGGGACGCGGUGCGCAGGCUGCGCGCAGCGCGGGCAUGGUGCGCCCCGGCGGGCUGUGCCGCCUGCUGCCGCCGCCGCUGCUGCUGCUGCAGGGCUCCCUCCUCCUGCUGGCCACUGCCCCGCACGGCCGCGCCGCCGCCUGCCCGCUCCGCAGAAAGCAAAAUGAGCUCAACUCCUUCCUGUGGACAAUCAAGAGAGAUCCCCCAUCCUAUUUCUUUGGCACCAUCCAUGUCCCGUACACGCGUGUCUGGGAUUUCAUCCCAGAGAACUCCAAGAAAGCCUUCCAGCAGAGCCACAUCGUAUACUUUGAGCUGGAUCUCACUGACCCCUACACCAUCUCAGCUCUCACCAGCUGCCAGCUCCUGCCACAGGGGAAGAACCUCCAGGAUGUGCUGCCCCGUGACAUCUACCGCCGGCUGAAGCGGCACCUGGAGUACGUCAAGCUCAUGAUGCCAUCCUGGAUGACCCCAGACCAGCGGGGCAAAGGGCUGUAUGCAGACUACCUCUUCAAUGCCAUUGCUGGCAACUGGGAGCAGAAGAGGCCGGUCUGGGUGAUGCUGAUGGUGAACUCCCUGACAGAGGUGGACAUCAAGUCACGAGGCGUGCCCGUCCUGGACCUGUUCCUGGCCCAGGAAGCGGAGCGGCUCAGGAAGCAAACGGGCGCUGUGGAGAAGGUGGAGGAGCAGUGCCACCCGCUCAAUGGGCUGAACUUCUCCCAGGUGGUCUUUGCUUUGAAUCAGACUCUCUUGCAGCAGGAGAGCCUCCGAGCAGGCAGUUUCCAGAUCCCCUAUACGACAGAAGACCUUAUCAAGCAUUACAACUGUGGGGACCUCAGCUCCAUCAUCUUCAACCAUGACACCUCUCAAGUCCCAAAUUUCAUUAAUGCUUCACUUCCAGCUCAUGAACGCAUUACUGCCCAAGAGAUAGACAGCUACUUCCGCCAGGAGCUCAUCUACAAACGAAAUGAGCGAAUGGGCAGGAGGGUGAAGGACCUGCUGGAAGAGCACCCAGACAAGAGUUUCUUCUUUGCAUUUGGAGCUGGUCACUUCAUGGGCAACAACACAGUGAUUGAUGUUUUGAGGAGAGAAGGGUACGAAGUAGAACACACUCCAGCUGGACAAGCCAUCAACAACCAAAAGUCCCCCAAAACCUUGUCAGCCUUUUCAUCAUCACACAAUCCCUAUGUCAUGUCCCCUGAGCUCCCACUGCACCCCCAGAAGGAGGAGGAAGAGGAGGAGGAAGAGUUCCUGCCUCACCUGCUAUUCCCUGACAGCAUUGAUGUGCUCAUGAAAGCAGACAGAAAGUACAAAAAGAAGAAGAAAAAGCAGCAGAAGAAGCAAAGACAAUUCAAUGACCUCUGGGUUCGCCUUGAAGAAAGUGCUACUGAUCCCCCUCCCCGGAUCCGCAUCAUUAAUGGCUACAUCACGGUGGAGCCCCAGCCGCGGGGCCAUGGACGGUCCAGUCACACUGGCACAGACACCAGCAGCGCUCACCAGCUUUCCCAUUCUCUCUUCCUUCCACUGCUGACUUUGCCUUUGCAUAAGAUAAUGCGUCAUUGAAGCACAGGAGGACCCAAGCUGCAAGGCUCUUGCCUUAAAAAUCAAAAAAAAAGAUAUAGAAGACUGUGAGUGGGACAGUAAUUCUUUGGGGUGUUCUUAAACUGCCUCCUUUUCCUGAGUCUGGAUCAUUAACUCUAUUGUUUGACCUGCCCAAUACAGGAGAAGGUAUUUUAAUGAAAGUGUUAUUUAUCCUUCUCUUGCAGAAGAAUGAUUUCAUGUUAUCCCAUGAUGCUUUGGGGAGAUUAUAAUGCCGCUAUAACAUAGCUGUUGUUUAGCUGUUUGAGCCCAACUAAAGUACAUAUUUUUCGCCUUCAGUGCCUUGUAAACAGAUUUACACACCACUGACUUGUUUAUUAGAACAGAAUAUUUUGCUCAUGUGAGCACAGCUGGGAAAAAGAGUUGGUAUUUUAUGUCUCUACUGGUAAUGCUUUUAAUUCUUGCUUGUUAGGGCUCCAGAUUACACAUAAAGGUUCAUGACAACACCUGCAAUAGAAUAAAACAGUGAAGGUUUGUGAACAGAAUGUUUCUGCUGUCUGUUUGGUGCUAUUUUAGAUGGGUCUCCCUGAACCUCUAGUGGUCUGGCAAGUCUCCUAGGUGCAAACUAAUGUACAUUUAAGAAAAAAACCAAUUCUGUGAGAACUUCACAAAUCAUAAUGUUGGAGUCUUUCAAAGUAAGUUCUCAAGAGGUGAUUUGCACAAUUAGGACUUAAUUCUAGAAAAUCCUUUCAAAUAUGCUACUGAGUUCAUUGCUCAGACUUUUCCAAAUAGUUUUAAGUCCUUUCCUGUCUGUGUGAAGUAGAUGUGUUAUCGACUGUUGAAUGUAAAGAAACUUGGAAGUGGUGAUGAGUUUUCUGUAUUUGUACGGGACAUCUCUUGUGGUCCCACUGAAC